AUGAAAGUCCUCUUUGAAAGUUUUGGUGGUGCUGGGAGAGUACUGAAUUUCUACAAAGGUAGUUCUGUUGGCCCUGACACUGUGGCUGGUGUAGAUGUGGCAGAUGCUUUUCAUCAGGUUAUCGAUGUCCUGGAUGCCCUUUGUAUUUAAGUCCUGGCGGGCUGGGUCCUCUGUCCCUGUGCUUAUUAAACGCCAGGUCAGUAAGAAUAAGUCAGCGGUGCUUAUGGACUACCUAUGCGAUUGCAAAGCUGACCUUUAUGAAAUAGAGGAAACUUGGCGUACGGAGGAUGAUGCUGCUGUAAGAGCGGAGUUGAACCUGGAUAGGUAUAAUUUCUUAGACCACCCAUGGGAGGGUCGGUGUGGUGGCGGAACGCGUCUCAUCUUCCGUGACUCCUUGCGUGUUAAGAAAGUUGAAAUGGGUGAGAAGAGCUCCUUUGAAAUCUCUGAGUGGACUGUGACUACAGUCAGUAACUGUAUUCGCUUGUUUAUAAUCUGUCGACCACCAUACUCUGAUAAACGCAAGGUCCCAACAACUGUCUUCUUUAGGGAAUUUUCAGAUUAUCUCGAACCAGUUCUUUGGUCUAAAGAGCAAAUUUUAUUCGCUGGAGACUUAAACAUCCACAUCGAUAAUCCGCGUGACUCUGAUGCCAUAAAAUUUGCAGAUCUGCUUAAAUCAUUCGGGGUUCAACAGCACAUGAAGGGUAGCACCCACAAGGAGGGCCAAACCCUCGACCUUAUCUUCACCCAUUGCUCUGAGAUCGUUCUAGAAGCUCCACCUAAAGUUGACCGGUUUAUUUCAGAUCAUGCGUCAGUCUGCUGCAGGUUGAUUCCAGAGAAACCUCUAGCAGUGGAAAAGCUGGUUACUCACAGGAAAUAUCAAUCAAGAGACAUGGAGUCGUUUAAGAAUGACUUGGUGACAUCUUCUUUAUGUCAA